GAACUUUUUUAUUUUGAUCAGGUGAUGUGUUGCCUUCUGGUUGCUAGGCGUGGCCUGUCAGAGGUGGAGAUCAAGAAGAUUUUAGGCGUGACUGACCAGGCAUGGUCCACGCUGUACUUCGCCAUGAACGAGUUUGUGAUCGAGAGAUCGGGGUUGUAUGUGUUAGCCUACAGUGAGUUGGCAGAGGCAGUGAGACAGCAUUUCUGCACAGACCAAGACCAAGAAAAUCAAUUCAGGAGGAUCGUGGCCGACUAUUUCUUUGAAGUUUUUAAGUCACUGAGCCCACGAUAUGACACCCAGAUACCGGAGAGAGUCUUGAAUGAGUUGCCAUGGUUACUGUGCAAGCUAAGAGCAAAGGAGCAGCUCCAGGAAUGCCUGCUGAGUCUGGCUAUGUUUAGCGCUCUCUUCAGAGAUCAGCACAAGUAUGACUUGGUAGAUUACUGGAAUAGCACAGGGGCAUCGGGAGUUCAGAUCCAACAGAUGUACAUGAAAGCCUUAGAUGAGCAGGUAGCAUGUCUGUAUACAGAAAGUACUGAUGAAACUGGUACUCCGCCACAACCUACUGCUGGCAAACAGCAGCUAGUCUCAGUAGUCGGACGCAUCAGUAAUUUUCUGGAGGAGGCAGGGCAUAGGACAGUGUUGGAACCUCUACUACAACGAGCCAUCAGGAUGAAUCCUUUACCGGGUGAUCUAAUGAGCGCCGAUCCCAAGGAAACGUUGGAGGGUCUCUAUUAUGAAAACCAACUGGCUCGCUUCUACGCCGAUGUCGACAGAUUCGACGAGGCCCUGGCCAUUCAUGAAAAACUACUGGCUAUCAAAGAAAAGCCUGAGUGUAAUGUAAGUCUCUCAGAGAAAGCUGUCACAGUGAACAACAUGGGCUUCGUGCACCUCAAACUUGGUAGCAAUGAAAAGGCACUGGACUACUUCGAACAAGCAUUGGCAUUACACAAGGAAGAUUUGAAUGGUAGUGACAUAUACGAGGUCAUAGCCACCGCGACCAAUAACGUGGGCUCAGCUCUGUCAAUAUUGGGCCGCUAUGAUGAAGGAGCUAAGGUCCUGGAGAGAGCGCUCGAAAUCUACGAGGAGCUCUACUUUGACAGUCUCCCUCCCGACGUGGGUGGAACCUUGCUCAACUUGGCCAAAUGUCACGUCCGGAAUCCAAACAAAACGCCAGAGGAAGUGCAGGCCACGUAUCAGAGAGCCAUAGAUAUCCGCGAGAACGCCUACGGUCGUAACCAUCACGAGGUAGCACAGGUUCUGAUGACGUACGGCGCGUACAUGCAACGUCUUGAGAAGACCGAGCAAGCACUGGACAUGUAUCUGGAAGCAUUGGACAUUUUCAUGGUUGCAUAUGGACCGGAGGGAUUGGACACCGCGAUGACGCAGGAGAAUGUAGCCGGAUCAUACCUGAUGAUGGGACAGCAUGAGAAGGCUAUCCCUUACUUCAAUGCAGCAGGUGAGACACUAUUCAACCUAGGCCUGAUGGAUCAGUCCGUGGAGUACCUCAACACGUCCAUGCUGCAAUACUACAUCGAGCAAGACAGAAUGGAAGAAGCCCAUCACGUCUUAGAGCGCGUCAUCACGGCAGAGUUUGCCAACGAGAGCAUCUUUGUCACUUUAGAUCAGCUGGACGAACGUCUGCUGGGAGACCAGAGACCCAACAGACCCUUCAAGCAUACCUUGGACUACGCACUUCAAAAGUUUCCCAGCAGCAUGCGUGUCCUGGGUCGUAAGCUGGUCGUCCUGGCCAGGGAAGGAGGAGCAGACGCCCUCCUAGACCUCAUCAGAAAGAACCCAGACGGGAAGGAUCCAGGGCUCUACAUGCACGCCUACAAGACGUUUGUGGAGUGUGAUCACAGAGACGAAGGCCAGAAGAUAUUGCUGGCUGCUGCUGAACUCUUCCCUGAUGACGUGAUCGUUCUGGAGAACCUGGCCAAGUGUCACGGAUUCUACAAGCGUUACCCAGAGGCCCUGGCCGUCAUGGAGCAGAUCUUUGCUGUCAAGCCCGACGACGUGGAUCUGAUGAUCCUGGGAGCUAAACUCCUGGGCAUGAAUGAUCGGCUGCAGGAAUCCAGGGAGAAGUUACUGGUGGCCCAGAAAGUGGCCACAGAGGGUGGGGACCAAGGAAAUGUCGAGAUUAUAGCAUCCAUUUUGAAGAAUAUCGAGGAGAUAAUGGCAUCACAAGGUAAUGCAUAGUUUUGUGUUGUUUUGGUUUUGCAAGUUUUGAGCUCCAGAUUUUGUCCAUACUGAAAUAGUAGAGUCUUAGUCAAAUUUAAAUACAUAGCUUUGUUAAAUUUUAAAAAAAGU